CGAAGAGUAUCAUAUAGUACAGCACCGAUGAAACGCGUACAGCUGGGCAGGUGAACUCGAGGCGUCGAAGAUUCUUCACCUUCUGAUUACCAGAGGGGAGUCGAUUCUUCACCUUCUGACUUCACCUUCUUACCAGAGGGUAAUGUGAAUGCGGCACAACGGAUUGGCGACUCCAUAGAAAUUUGGGUAAAGUGCGACUUUCGGUCGUCGGGGACCCCGACAUCAAACGCGUGAUAUGUUCUCACCAUCAACCUUGCGCGAUUUUGACACCCGCAGUCAAAGAUGAGAAAGGGGAGAAAUUUCGCGUCGAGUUCAACUUUGAGCUGCUAAAAUUUAGAGACGAACCAGACAGCACCCGAAGAGUGCUGUCGAAUUUGUUUUCAAUCAUGCUUGUCCUAAAAAUCAAAUGAUGCGUGUGGCGUUUGGCCUCAGCCAGGAGGAGCUCAGCGGCCGUCUCUGGGAGUUAGUACACUAUAGCUGUCUAAUCAACACUUCGUUUUAAAGUUUUGGACAGGAGAUGUUAAAGUUUUGGACAGGGCAUGUUAAAGUUUUGCCGUACCUGUGUAACCGGUUGAAGUUAAAGCCUUCCUAUGUCUUUCAAUGUACCGCUUUUUUUUAUGAAUUGAGGGCAUGGCGAGUUUUCGUUUUGCUACGAGGAUUAUUUUUUUUUGUGCUUGUGCUUGUGGAUAGAUUGAAGGCGAUGUCAAGGCACCCAAUCCUACUGGUCUUUAAUGAUUUUUGUUUUGAACAGGAAACCUUACAGUAUUGUGAAAAGAUGACGUAGGUUUUGCAGUUUUGGACAGGACGUGUUAAAGUUUUUGACAGGAGAUAGAGAUAAAGAAGUAUGUGAGCCUCCUCGUCAGG